CAACACAAGCCACAUACCAGCUCCUCAUCAACAUGACUCUGGUGUGCGUCCUCAUGUGGACUGUCCUCUGCUGCUGCUUCACAGAGUCCAGAGGAGAGGUGACAGUGAGUCAGGCUGGAGCAGUGAGGGCCGCCCUGGGGGACACGGUCACUAUACGCUGUACCACCAGUGUAAAUGUGUACUAUCACAGUAGCUAUGGGCACUACUUAUGGUGGUACCAACAGAGAGAUGGAGAGCCUCCUAAAGCUCUUAUAUAUUAUACGUCUAACCGAGCUUCAGAUGUCCCCAGUCGUUUUUCAGGCAGUGGAUCUGGGUCUGAUUUCACUCUGACCAUCAGUGGAGUUCAGCCUGAAGACUUUGCUGUGUAUCACUGUAAGGGUGUAUUUGAUGCUAACAAGUUCUUGCCGAGGCUGUUUGGGAUCAGCUCGGUCAGGGAAGUAUUCCAGUGCUCCAUGGAGCAAAUGUUUGCUGGAUACACCUUCUCCAUCACUGUGGCUGAUACACUCAUUGGAGACAAGGACUUUGAGGAACAUGAUGCAAACAUGAGAAAGGUCAGCAGAGCCAGAGGAUUGUCCCCCAGUGUCCUCCUGUGUCCUCCACUGUCCUCCAGUGUCCCCCAGUGUCCUCCUGUGUCCUCCACUGUCCUCCAGUGUCCCCCAGUGUCCUCCUGUGUCCUUCAGUGUCCUCCAGUGUCCUCCUGUGUCCUCCUGUGUCCUCCAGGACUCCCCUGA